AGUGAAGAAGAUGAAAAAUGAGUGAACUAAAACAACAGAGAAAUUCAUAGAAAUUGUGAAGAAACUAAUUGUGAAACAAGGUAGAGAGAUCAAAAGGGUAUUACCACAAAACAAGGCAGCUAAAUGGCAUCAUCAUUUGUGGGUACUUUAUUUCCCAACAACUUCACACAAACCAAACAUUCAGCUGUUCCUCUAAGUAGAGGAGUUUCAACAAGGAGGAGAGUGCACUUAACAGUAGCAGAGAGCAUGACAACUGUCAUAGAGAAACUGGGCAUCAAGAUUGAGAGAAACCCUCCUGAAUCCAAGCUCUCUCAAUUGGGUGUUAGGAAAUGGCCCAAAUGGGGAUGCCCUCCAAGCAAAUUCCCAUGGACAUAUGAAGCCAAAGAGACUUGCUAUCUUCUGGAAGGAAAAGUGAAGGUCUUUCCCAGUGGGUCAAAUGAAUCAGUUGAAAUUGCUGCUGGUGACUUGGUUGUGUUUCCCAAAGGGAUGAGUUGCACUUGGGAUGUGUCUGUUGGUGUGGACAAGCACUAUAAAUUUGAAUAAAUCCAACAAAGGGUGCCCAUCAUGAAUAAGAAACAGGAAUUUCAUGAUUUGGUGAUGUAGUUGGAUUAAUGAGAACUUUGAAUUGGUAUUUAGCUUUGAAGAUGUUA